AUCGUCCCCAAGUCAUAUAAGGGAUCCCCAAGACAUUGCAUACGCUUAUACCGGGAUAACCUAGACCGCAUGAGUGAGAGUCAGUUUGAUUUCACUCCCUACGCGUCCGAGAUACUCCCACCUCACAUCCUUAAUGAUGCUCCGCUUUGGUCGGCUAGGGUCAUGCUCAUAUUUUGCAAUAGGGCCGAAAUGCAUUACCCCGAUCGAUUUCUUCGGCAGUUCAGUAUAAGGCAAGAUAUUCCGGAUGCUCCUUUAGCGGUUACUGAUCAUCACGGCAAUCGUUCCAACAUAGUAACCGGUGCCUUGGCGAUGUGGGUGGACAUACAACGUCAUAUAUACUUUCUUGAUUAUGAUCAACAUAUGUCCCUAGAAGCAACUGAUAGGUACCGAAAAUGGUACAAGAAGCAUGGUAUGACACGUGUCCAGAACCCUUCUCACAAUGUGCCCACGACAGGCUACACCCCGACAUCACACGAUUGGGGUAUUAUGGUAAGUUUUUUGAAUACAUACCAUAUUCAUAAACAUAUAUCGUGUCAUAUUAUUUACAAGUGUUACAUUUUUAUGUAGAAGCAAGGCGUUCACGAGAUGUAUCAGCUCCUAGCCAACCGCGCGAGUCAUGAGGACUGUCUAAAACGACUACGGCGGAUGACCCUGGACGUAGGUGAUGAAGAUAUGCUCCACCGGGGCAUAUUCCAUUAUGAAGAUGAAGAUGCAAGUGGAAGUGAUGAAGAGGAUGAUGCAGAUGAACAUGAAGGUGGGGGUGAGCACUCACAAUCGCCCCCUCAAUUCUCAACACAGGGUGUCUCAUUUCAUCAACCACCCCCUCAAUUCUCAAUGCAUCAAGGUGUCUCAUUUGAUCAACCAUCGCACUAUUAUGAUUCUUAUCAGUUCUCCACACAACCAGAUGAUUAUGUUGACUCAUUUCUGCAUUCGUCGUUUUACUCUGGAGAUGCAACGGGGCCUUGGAACACUGGCG